UUAUUGCUGAGGGAGUGAGCAAUGCAUUAAUCCCUGAGGUAUCCAUGUCUGUAAAGCCUGCUGCCGUGGUGGGAGGUCUGGUGGGGGGAAUCCUUUUUCUCCUCUUGGUUGGGGCAGCUGCAUACUUCCUCAAGAGGAGAUGCUUUGCUGGUGCUUAUGAAGAACUGGGCUCUACUCAUUCCCCAGUAUGUAAUGACUCCACUAAUGGUAGCAGUCAACUCGAUGCUCCGCUCUCACCUGCCUCCAUCCAUUCUUCAGCCCAAAGGACCAACAGUAUCCCGUUCAUCGUGCCACCAAAGUUCCAUGGCCGGGAGUGGAUUCACCUGGACAAUGAGGACCAAGGCCACAGUGCAGCCACAGGAGCUGAGUAUCUGCAUCAUUCAAUGAUCGAGACCAUGGCAGGAGAAUGCACUGUGGGAGCCAUCAAUCCUGAUUUAUACAAGUUACCAGAGGAUGACAGUGAGAUAGAAUUUCCAGAGGGAAACAUUGGCAGGCUGUGGUUUGCUUUGCACUAUGAACAGGAAACAGAACGGCUUCUGGUUACAAUAAUCAAAGCGAGGAACCUCUGUACGCAGUCCGACACCUCCAACCCUUUCGUAAAAAUUUAUCUUCUUCCCGACGAGAGGCGUCAUCUUCAGACCAAAGGCAAACACAAAAACAACAACCCACAGUUCAACGAGAGCUUCCUUUUCCAGGUUUCAAGCAAAACUCUAAGUGAAAGAAUUUUGAAGUUAUCGAUCUAUGACAUUGACAGACAGAAGAAGCACCGUCACAUUGGGCACAUCACCUUCCCAUUCAAACACUAUUCCUUCGGAGAAGAAAUGAAAAUCGUAUUGUGGAGAGAUUUGGAAACGGAGGAUUCAAAGGUCCCCUCAGAGUAUGGAGACCUUCAGUUCUCUCUUAGUUACAAUGACUAUCUGGGCCGAUUGACGGUAGUUGUUUUGAGAGCAAAAGACUUAAAAUUGCAGGAGGAAGGAGAAAACUCAAAUGCUUACGUUAAGGUCUCGCUGAUGAACCAUAACAAAUUCCUAAAGAGUAAAAAGACAGGUGCUGUUGUGGGCACCUCCAGCCCGGUCUUCAAUAAGACAUUCAGCUUCAAAGUUGACCAGCUGGAGCUGGACACGGCCAGUCUGAGUCUAUCUGUGCACCAGAACAUAGAAGAGAAAGGAAGCUGGUUGGUUGGUCGGGUAGUGGUGGGUCCGUUUAUGUACACACGUGGCAAGGAACUUGAGCACUGGAACCAGAUGAUUAACAAACCCAAAGAGCUGGUAAAGGAGUGGCAUGUGCUCAGCCAAGGGUCGUAGCAAAUGCCGCAAAGGACUCAGUUGCACAGAUUAAAUUGGACAUUUCUUGUUAUUUGUAGCAUACUUAUCACAGGACUCUGGCCAUCAAAAACAUGCAAACACCAUCCCAGUGUAAAGAAAGGAGAAUGGGAGGGCUGAGGAAAUAACAACAUAUCCUGGGCCUGAUUACACUACAUUGGAACUAUUAUAUCUGUUGUAUUUGUUGACCAUGUAAACAGAAGUGUGUUUCCUGGAAUAGACUGGAGUCAACAGCAGGAUUGUGUGUAAAAUAAAAAUGGUAUAUUGCUGGAGGAAUAAAAGAAAAAUGAAGGAUACUAGAAAUCUGAAACAAUAUCAGAAAUCUGCAGAAGAUUUGCAAUGAACAUGUGAAAGAGACAGAUGGCUUAAGACAGUGGCUGUCUGAACUGGAUUUCUGAAAAUGUUAACUGAUUAUUUUCUUUCAGAUGCACUAACUCACAUUGAUGUAGCACCUUUCACAUUCAAUCAAUGUUUAGUAGGUGGUGUAAUUUUAAAAGCUGGAGCAGAUUUGAAUGGCAUUUAUUGCUGAGAACCAUAAUUCUCCCCCCAGCCCCACCAAUCCAUGCUGUAGGAUGGGCACUGUGUGUUGCUGUAAUGCUACUGUAUCUGUAUCCUGCACUAACCACCCCCCCCAGUCUCAUACCUGCAAAUCUACUUUGUGACUAAAGUGGGAUUCCAUUACCAUCUGUUUGUUUGGAUCUGUACCAAAUUUUCUUUUUUUUACCACAAACGGUAGUGUAUAUUUUUUCACCUUCCUACAGCUCUCAGAAUGAACCUUCAAGAAUGAGGUUGAUAGAUUUUUGGGAGUUCAGGAUAUUAAGGUAUAUGGGAAGAAAGUGAAAAAUUGGAAUUGAAAGGAUUAGUUGAGGUAC